UUUUUCUUCUCUUCGUCUUGCCUUCAUCCUCCAGCCGCAGACGUCAGUGGAACGUUUCAAUCCGCUCUCAUAUUCAGGUUAAUCUGAUUAUGAAGAUUUCCUCUGAGACGCCUCUCUGUCAAUGACGGCCAAGAUGGAGACUCCUUUCUACCACGAUGACUCCCCUGCAGUGCCCGGCUUCAGCCAGAUCGCCGAAUACGAGCGCUACUCAGGAAACAAGAUGCUGAUGAGUAAGAAGGCCAUGUCAAUGGCAGGAAGUCACCACUUCCCCAGUGGUGGCGGAGCAGGAGGGAGGGGUGGGAACCCCAACAACCUGGGGCUGGCUAGCAACAGCUCCUUGAUGACAUCAGCAGCGUCCUCUGCAGGAUCCUCAGCAGACAUGAACCUGCUAAAGCUGGCGUCCCCCGAUCUGGAGCACCUGAUCAUUCAAUCCAACCAGGGGCUGGUCACCACCAGCCCGGUGCCAAACUCCACCAAUCCCUUCAUGUACCGCAACCAGGCCACCAACGAGCAAGAAGGAUUUGCUGAUGGCUUUGUCAAGGCGCUGGCGGACCUUCACAAGCAGAACCAGCUGGUUGGAGGUGGGCCCAUGUCUCCGCCUUCAUCCUCUAGCGUCUCCCUGCAGGCGUCCUACCAGAGGAAUCUGAUGUCAGGUGGAGAUAUGCCCAUCUACACAAACCUGAGCAGCUACAACCCGGGCCAGAUGCCAUACUCCGGAGGGCAGAUGGCGUAUGGUGGAGGCUCAGGCCACGGUGGAGGUGGAGCACCUCAGCCCCACCCUCGAGGCCUGGAUGCCCCCCAGACUGUCCCUGAGGUCCCUCAUCCUGCAGGGGACCCCACCUCGCCACCGUCGCUCUCGCCAAUCGACCUGGAGACACAGGAGCGAAUCAAAGCAGAACGCAAGAAACUUCGCAACCGCAUCGCCGCAUCCAAAUGUCGCAAGCGGAAGCUGGAGCGCAUCUCACGGCUGGAGGAGAAGGUGAAAGUCCUGAAGAGCCAGAACUCGGACCUGGCCUCCACCGCCGCUAUGCUACGGGAACAGGUCGCUCAGCUGAAACAGAAGGUCAUGAGUCACGUCACAAACGGCUGCCAGAUUUCUGUAAGCUCGUCAGCUGCCAGCAAGGCCGGAGGAGGAGGCACCGGCAGUGAGGACUCCAGCUGCUGAGGAGGCGGGACAUCACGAGAAUAUGCCAAGAGGCCAUUUACUUUUACGAUUUUGCUUGUGCUUUUAGUUGGAGCGAGCAGAGAGUGAGCGGCUCGUGUCAUCAACACCUCCAGAAGGAUAGGUGGAUGUUUAAUGGCAUUCAGAGUCCCGUAAACUCUCUGUCACCUAGCCAGAGGGGGCGGAGCUUUACAGAGGAGACUGGAAAGGAAGCAAAUGGAAGAAUGCGAGCAAGUUUGGAUUACGGACGACAAUUUCUUAAAGAACACCUGGCAACAUUUGAGACUUAAAGUGUUCAGAUCCCACACAAUGCAUUUGUUUAACAAGUGGAACAAACUGUCAGAUUUCCACGUUUAUUAUGAACUGCUCACAACAUUUUUCACACAUCACACCUUCCACCUCUGUUUUUUGUUUUUUUAUUCACGCUAAAAACAUAUUUAAGAUGUUACAGAUGAAGUAACUUAUCUAAAAAAUAAUGUUUUUACAGUGCGAGCUGAGAAGCUUUAUCAUACCAUCAAAAUACCGAAAUGAAAUGAAAAACUCUUUUAUGUAAUCAGAUUACUUUUAU